AUUUUCUUCCCUCUGCUCCGGCGGACUUCCCUCCUCGCCUUGUGGGGCUAUCGGCGGCGGCAGGACUAGGGGAGUCGGAGGUUUAGCAGCGCUGUCUGCGCCGACCAACCGGACGCUACCUCCCAACCCCCCUUUCUUCCUCCUGCCUCCUCCUCCUCCCGUCACCUCCUGACCCGCCGGAACUCCGAGCAACUGCCGGCCCCCGCCCCCAGCCGCAGCCGGUCUCUGGCGGCGCACUCCGCUUGGAGCCUGGGGUCAUUUUCCGGGUCCUACAUGGCAGGGCCUCAGACCACCGACCCGGCACGGGGCUCCUGGGCCCCAGAGGGGCAGGCUGGAGAAGGAGGAGGUUAGGUGUCUUGAGGGUUGCUGAGCCCGAGGAUGCGCCAUCGCCGCGGAGAAGGAGCCGGACCCCUUGGGCUGAGCGCCCAAUGUGUGGUCCCUCACUCAGUCCCGCACCUUGCUUUUUAGGAUUCUUUCUCCCCUUUCUGAGCCCUUUUAUACUCAAUGUUUAGAAGGGGAAAUUCAUUCUCCCACACCUUCUCCCCCCUCCUCUUCCCCCACUUUUUUCCUUUUUUGUCUUGCAGUUACCCAAAGGCCUAUGUCUUGUUCUCAGUGGUCCCAAGAAUUACUCUAAUAUAGUUGUUUUUCUGAGGGAGGAUGGAUGGAGAUGACCAUCCAGAUUCCAAAGUCACUUUUUAAGGCAUUUGCUUCAAGAAACAAGCAGUUUAGAAUCAGGCAGAACUGGAUUGCCAAAUUUGUGGGCAGAGCGGUAUGUGUGCAGAGAAAAUGCUUCUGUGAAGACACAAAGCUUUCACAUAAAUGAGGCUACAGCUAUCACGAUUUAGUGACCCCAAAAGUAAGAACUUCAGUGGACGAGAAAGGACAUUUAUGGGGUUAGUAGAAUGCUUGAGGCCUGGAAUUUAAACCUGAGCCACUAUCUGAAGCUAUUAAAUAAUAGAAGAAAAUGGAAUUGAAUAUGAUGUCAGCAUGGAACAAUCUAAUGAUUCAUUGAGAGCCAACCAUAAUGAUGGUGAAGAGUCAAAAACCGAUGCUCAGGUAUUUGAGAAGCAUCUAACCUGUAUGGGCUCCAGGGAUUCUUCCUUUGAACAAAAUGAUUCUCCUAGAGUUUUGCCGAUCACUGCUUCUGAAGUAAAUAAUUCACUCAUAUCACAGAAUAUACCAGGGACCCUGACUCAGACGCAGACACUUUCUGCAGAACAAUUCCACCUAGUCGACCAAAAUGAGCAAGCUGUUCAAUACGAACUUCAGUCAUUGGGGGAUUCCAAUGCACAAAUGAUGAUCGUUGCCAGCCCAUCAGAAAAUGGACAGGUACUUCGUGUAAUUCCAUCUACCCAGACAGGAAUGGCACAAGUGAUUAUACCUCAGGGGCAGCUUGUGGAUGUGAAUAGUCCUCGGGAUGUCCCUGAAGAGAAACCCAGUGACAGAAACUUAUCAACUGUAAGCGUGGAUACUCUAGCUAACAAUCCUAGCAAUUACAUUCUUCAUCCACAGUCAUCCUUCACAUUGCCCAAAAAGUCAGUAACCAGAAUGCUGGAAGAACCUCUUCUGGCACCUCUUCAGCCGCUUUCCUCUAACACACCUAUAUGGGCCUGCCGUCUCAGGAGCUGUGAGAAAAUUGGAGAUUCAUACCGUGGCUACUGUGUAAGUGAGACUGAAUUAGAAAGUGUCCUAACAUUUCACAAGCAGCAAACACAGAGUGUUUGGGGAACCCGUCAGUCUCCAAGUCCAGCCAAGCCUGCUACACGCUUGAUGUGGAAAUCCCAGUAUGUCCCAUAUGAUGGAAUCCCAUUUGUUAAUGCAGGGAGUAGAGCUGUGGUAAUGGAGUGUCAGUAUGGGCCAAGAAGAAAAGGUUUCCAGUUAAAAAAAAUCAGUGAGCAGGAAAGCAGGUCUUGUCAGCUCUACAAAGCCACUUGUCCAGCUCGGAUUUACAUUAAAAAGGUACAGAAGUUUCCUGAAUAUAGAGUUCCUACAGACCCCAAAAUUGACAAGAAAAUUAUCAGAAUGGAGCAGGAGAAAGCCUUUAACAUGCUAAAGAAGAACAUGGUAGAUGCUGGUGGUGUUCUUAGGUGGUAUGUACAAUUACCUACACAGCAAGCUCAUCAGUAUCAUGAAUUAGAGACUCCCUGCCUCCCUUUGUCACCUUCUCCUUUUCCUGUGUCUGCUCUUGAAGAAGAGGAAACUGCAGUUAGAGAUGAGAAUUGUGCAUUACCGUCACGUUUACAUCCUCAAGUAGCACAUAAGAUUCAAGAAUUAGUAUCACAGGGAAUAGAACAAGUAUAUGCAGUAAGGAAACAGCUAAGAAAAUUUGUGGAAAGGGAACUGUUCAAACCCGAUGAGGUACCUGAAAGACAUAACUUAUCUUUUUUUCCAACUGUAAAUGAUAUAAAAAAUCACAUCCAUGAGGUACAGAAAUCAUUGCGAAAUGGAGAUAUGGUAUAUAACUCAGAGAUUAUUCCAGCAACGCUUCAGUGGACUACAGACAGUGGGAAUAUUCUCAAAGAGACCGUGACAGUUACAUUUGCAGAAGGAAAUUCACCAGAAGAAUCAAUUGCUACCAAAAUGGAAACAAAUCUGACAGGGGGUUCUUUGUCUCCUGAGCCAACCCACUUGCUCUCCUCACUCUCCUCAUUUCAGCCCAAAAUAUUUACACAGCUACAGGAUUUGCAGUUACAACCAAGGUUCACCUCUCCUGAUGAAUCACCAGCUCUGGUAUCACUAAAUAACCAGCCAUCCUCUAGUCCUUCAGGACUUCUGGAUUCAAUAGGAAGUGCUGUAAUGAAUAAUAAUUCUCUACUGCUUGAUCAAACUCAUAGCCUUCAAAGAGAUACAUGCCUAACCCAAAACAAUAGUACUGCCUCCACCAUGGGUAACCUCCCAGAACCAGAUCAAAAUCUAGUUGCAGUGGACCAGCUGGUAGACGUUGGAGAUGUUGAGGAUACAGGGAAUCUGGAAGGAACUGUUCAUCAGAUUCUGUUGGGAGAUGUGCAGACUAUUCCAAUACGGAUUAUAGACAACCACUCAGCUCUUAUUGAAGAAAAUCCAGAAAGUACCAUUUCUGUGAACCCAGUUAAGCAAGAACCCAAAGAACCAGCAUUAUCUAUGGAAGCAAAAAAUAAUUUGGACUGUAAGAAAUUAUCUGCUAUGUAAAUUAUUGAAGCUUUUCAGAAUUUACAACUCUGGUGACUUCUGAUGUCUUAGAAAAGAAGGUGAAUAUUGUCAAAGCGUGGCAUUGAGAUAAUUGGACUGAAGACUGGUUUGAUGAGAAGCUUUUAUUUAAAACAGAUAUAUUUGUUGCCAGUUCCAUAUUUUUACCUUCCUUAAGAGAUGUUUUACUCCUCUUAUUUUGUAUAAUUUUUAUGCUUUUUGAUUAUCUAAUAAGGCCAGUAUUUCAAAAGCUCUCCUGAACUUAUCCAUAGUAAUAUAGUCUGAACACAAAUAGUUUAUUUAACUUAUCCUUGGAAAUACUCAAUUUUGGUUCUUACAAGACAGAAAAGAACUACAGCAACAAAAACAUUGUGUGAAUGUGUUUGUAUGUGUGUAUGUAUAUCAUGAAUUUUUUUAAGUUCUGAAAGAACUUGUUCUCUCUUUAAAGUUGUGAAGAAAUUUUUAAUUGGCAGACAGGUAAGAAAAUGUUUAUAAUCUAUCUCAUUAAGAAAGAUAAAGUAAUAGAUUUUACAUUGUAACACAAAGUGCAGCAGCUACAUCUGUGGAAAGGAAACUGUGCAGUUGCAUUUUAGCCUCUUCCCUUCUAAUUUUUGUACUUUUAACUACAAACCAAUAGUAUACUAAUGGUUAUCUAAUAGAAAUUUAAAGUGUCUUGGUAAAUACUGAGAAUUUUUACUUGAAUUAAUCAGAUAAGCAACAGAAAUCAACAUAUGUAGCAUGGAUUUGUGCUAUAUUGGAAAUAAAACACUAUAGGUAUUAAUAUGUAGAAAUUGAGAGAAUUGAGAAAGAUUAAUAGAAUUCCUUGGUGUUUACAGAUAAAUUGGGGAACUUUUUGAUGACAGCAGAGGAUUUUUUCCCUCUCACUUUGUAAUGAAGAUCCAGCUCUGGUUAAAAAAGAAUUUGAUUUGUAGUUACAUUUUUCUGUGCCAGAGCUCUUACUGAAUUGAUGGUAUUAGGAUUUCUAGUAUUUUAAGGUACAUGACAUGUAUCUAAAUAUAAAGUACUGUUAUAUUAGAGGUAGGUGGAAUUCUAAUGUUCCUUGCCCUUUAGAUUUAUAUUUUUUUUAAUAUAAAGUUUAUUAUUUAUACCCUAUUUAAUGCAAAGCUAAUAUUUAGUUAUAUGUAUGAUUUUUUAAUAAAAAUUAAUUUUCAUUUUCCUAAGAAUUGAAAAUAUUUGAUGUCAGCAUUUUAUAGAGGCCGAUUGCCAAAUUUGAUUAUUUUAUACUAAGUUAAACACAGCUCUUAGUUACCUCAAAUCCAGAUUUCUCUUAGUCUGUGUGUACAUAAAAGGGAUAAGUCCAGAUUAAUUUAUAGUUUAGUGUUGAACAAUAGGUAAUGUUCUUUUCAUUUAUUAUAUCUAGUUUUUAUGGAAUCCUUUUCUUUCAAGAUUCUAAAUAAUAAA